GCAAGUAACAACAAAGUGUUACAACAAACAACAAGCGCGGCGAGUUGAACGUUUUACAAACUAUCAAAAUGUCAGAAGAUGACAGUGGCCCAGCCUUCAAGAAGCAGAAAGUGCAUUAUGGGACGUUGGAGGAGACGUUAAGGAAGGAAGGAGGAGAUGAUGCGAUCGCUUCUGGUAUUCUUGCGGGUAAUAUCAACAUAUCCAAAGGUGAAACAUUCAAUUUGGAGGAACAUACUUCUGAACAAAAGAAAAAUCUUUUAGCAGAGUUUGCCAGAAGGAAAAGGGCAAGAACCCUCCAUGUGUCCACUGAUGAUUCUAUGGUGAAAGCUAAACUAAGAGAAAUUGGAGAACCAAUAUGCUUGUUUGCUGAAGAUGCAGCAGAUAGGAGAGAACGAUUGAGACAAAAGCUUUCACAAGUUGGCCUUACUGAAUUCAAAGGCAUCAGACAAGAAGCAGAAAAGGAGAAGAAACAAAAAGAGGAAAAUAAUAAAACUUGGUACCAUGAAGGACCACAGAGUUUAAAAUCAGCUCGUAUGUGGAUUGCUGAAUAUUCGUUACCGAGAGCUCAGAAGAGAAUUGCAGAGUCUCGGCUUGCAGUGAAGAUACCAGAGACAGUAAGACAUGCCAAGAAACAGGAGCUGCAUAACAGACUAAGGAAUAUAACAGCAAUUGGUAGUGAGAUUGGUGAUACCAGACCGAUUUCUUUCUGUAGGUUUAGCCCAAAUUCCCAAGUCUUAGCAAUGACUUCAUGGUCUGGUCUUAUUAAACUUUGGUCCGUUCCAGAAUUCCAGCCAAUUAGAACAUUAAGAGGCCACACGAAUAACGUUGGUGGUAUUGCAUUCCAUCCAGAGGCUACGGUAGGACGGGAUGAAUCCAUGUUUUGCAUGGCAUCAUGUGCAACAGACGGCUCUGUCAAGUUGUGGUCAAUGGACAGUGAGGAACCACUUGCAAACGUGGAAGGGCAUGAUGCAAGGGUGGCUAGGAUAGAGUUUCAUCCCUCAGGAAGAUUUCUAGGAACAGCAUGUUAUGAUAAAUCCUGGAGAUUAUGGGAUUUAGAAGUUCAGGAAGAGAUUCUCCAUCAGGAAGGACACAGUAAGGAAGUAUACUGUAUUGACUUUCAGUGCGAUGGGUCCCUGGUUGCUACUGGUGGAUUGGAUGCAUUUGGACGUGUAUGGGACUUGCGGACAGGGCGAUGUGUUAUGUUUCUUCAGGGACAUUUACAAUCGGUCCUUGCGAUAAAUUUCUCUCCUAAUGGGUACACAGUGGCAACGGGUAGUGGAGAUAAUUCUGUGAAGAUAUGGGACUUGCGGCAAAGGAAGUCAGUAUAUAACAUACCUGCACAUCAAAACUUAGUAUCAGGGGUCAAAUUUCAAGGCACAGCCGGUGACUACCUGCUAACUUGUUCCCAUGAUAGUACAGCUAAGAUCUGGGCGCACCCUGGAUGGUCUCCCAUAGCAACCCUGGCCGGUCAUGAUAGUAAGAUAAUGGGUAUGGAUAUCUCAACAGACGGACAGUACAUUGCAACCGCCUCUUACGACAGAACCUUUAAACUCUGGGCAUCAGAAUGAGGCGCUAAUUUGGACAGUAUUAUAAUAUAAGAGCUCCUUAAGAGAGAUUGUAUACACCAGACUGAGGUGCUCCAUGCCAUAAAGCUUUUAACUAUGGUGUUCAUGGAGAGUAUACAACACACAAGACCCUAGGCAUCAGAAUGAGGGAUAAUGGAACAUCCUUAAAUUGAGGUCCCUUGGCCUUAAUGCGCUCAUUCAGCCAAUAUUCUGAUGCUAUAGGUGCGGUAAUUAGAUCUGUGUUCUUUAUUUGGAAUUAUGAUGAGUAUAAUGUGUUUUACCAACAAAACAAAUAACAAGAUACUUAAGAUUAAAUUUUAAUACACAUUAUGUACAUCAAAAUUUAGUAUUAUUGUUAUAGUUGCAUAACAAGUUUUUUCACUAUUAGUUCAAGGAAGAAACUCCACCUUGGUUGGACAUCCUAUCAUAUGACCAGAAUUAUUUUAGGAACAAUGACCAAUGUAAUUUGUAUUUACUCUAAUGUGUAAUAAUGUACUAAGGUAGCAGUAGAAUCUAAUCAGAGGGAUGUGUGGGCACAUGUGGGGGAGGGGGAGUGUGUGCCUACUAUUUGUCAACAUUACCUUUAAAAUGUUGGCCCUGCCUUUUUCUUUCCUGUAACAUUGCCAAUUUUAUUUCUAAAAUAGAUUAAAACAAUGUUGGCUCUGCACCUUGUAAACUGUUAUUGAAGACUAGCACUGCUACUUUUACUAAUAAAGGGAAGUGUGCUAUUUUGGAAUGUCAAAAUCUACAUUUUUUUAAAGACACUUAAUCAAUUAGAAAUCAAAAAGAAUUCUUGUACUUAGUAACAUGAUUGGCCAAUAAAUAAUAAAUAAUUUACUCAAAUCAAUGAUUGUUAUUGAUCUUUGCGCAUACGAAAAAGACCUUUACAAGGAAACAAUGGUGUAAGGAAAGCUAUUGUUUAAGCAUAGGCAUGUAGAUCCAAGCAAGUACAGUACUCUACUUGAUGUAACCCCUGGGCAGUGCCUGUGAACAUGGUCUUUGUAUUAGGCUUACUUCAAAGUUACUUUAGACAAUUUUAUCCUAAGAAUUCUUAGAGGUAGUACACUACUUUUGUGUAAUUAUUGACCAAAGAGUGUUUACUUAGAGUCUACACCAUGGAAUCAGCACAUAUUUCAGAGCCUUCAAGUGCGUGUGACCUUUGUUGUGUCCUUGCUUCUAUACCUUUAAUGCUCUGACAAUCAAGUAUUGAAAAUAGCCUUUCCUUGUGAUGUGAACAAUUGAGGUGCAUUACAUGCAUGUUUCAGGGGUGGUGCCAGUGGUUGGUCUAGCUGGGCCCUGGCUCAGCUGCCGGGGACAUCCGGGACAGCCAUAUAUCGUUGUAAAAUUUGUCUGGGAAAAAUAAUUAGAAUUAUUUUCUAAGCUAGAAACAGCUGGCCUGAGUGCCAUUUUCGGGCAUCUAUAGGUGACAUGGCUUCAUUUUUUUUAACCUUGUUCAAACCAUAAUACGGCUGAUGUGGGUAUAUAGUUGUGUUGAGCCACCUGUCGGAGAAAUGCAUGUAUUUCAUUGUAAUUACUGUUCAAUAGAAAAACUCUCUAUUAAGCAGAAAAAAAAGAUGAAAUGUAAACACUACUUUAUUGAACAUUUAUUUCAACGACAAUUCCUAACUCUUUGAAAGUAAAAACAUUUUAAUUCUUCCAAAUAAUUGUCAAGUAUACUAGAAAAAUAUUGAUAAUAAACUCCAGAUUUUGUAUAA